UCUAUCUUCUUUUUCUCCUCCUCUCCGGCGCUCUGUACUCUACAGUUCUGACUCACUCUAACCUUCUUUUCCCAUCCGAGCCACGCUGAGCCACACUGCCUGGGAAAAUGUCCUCCAACCUGCCCUCUGGGACUACAGCUGGGGCCACCGGGGCCAAGAAUAAGCCCGUCUCCCCUUUCAGGAAGCGGGGCAGCCUGCAGUACACAGCCAGCACAGUUGAUCUCCGUGGUAAGCGCCACCUCCUCACUUCCCAGCAUUCCUUGCCUGGGAUCCCGGUGGCCUUGAAACAGUCCAUUGACCUGCGUACAUCCAUGGACGGGAAGUACAAGGAGAUUGCCGAAGAGCUGUUCUCCCGCAGCCUGGCAGAGAGUGAGAUGCGUAGCGCCCCCUAUGAAUUUCCAGAGGAUAGCCCCAUCGAGCAGCUGGAGGAGCGACGGCAUCGCCUUGAGCGUCAGAUCAGCCAGGAUGUAAAGUUUGAGCCUGACAUCCUCCUGAGAGCCAAGCAGGAGUUCAUGAAGACUGACAGUGCCACUGAUCUCGAAUAUAUGAAGGAGCAGAGCCAAGCGCCUGAGCUGCAGGAGCGAGAACUGGUCCCAGAGAAAGAGUACCAGAGAGUCUCGAUCUCUGGGGAGGAGAAAUGUGGGGUCCCCUUCACAGAUCUGUUGGACGCGGCCAAAUGUGUGGUGAAGGCUCUGUUCAUCAGACAGAAGUACAUGGGUUUGUCCCUGCAGAGCUUCUGCAGGACCACCGCUCGUUACCUGCAGGAGCUCAGUGAGAGACCCCUGGACCUGGACGUUUACGAGGAGGAGUUCACAGUCACAGCAGAUGCCACAGUGCACCCACCUGUGUCUGAAAAGCACCCGUAUGAGAACCAGGACGCUUCCAGCAUGCCCCCUGACAUGGGUUAUGGCUGCAAGAUGGUGGAUGGUGUCAUGCAUGUGUACACAACAAGGAGCAUUAUGGAAAAGAGCACAGAGCUGGACCUGCCAUAUCCAGACCUGCAGGAGUACAUCGCUGAUAUGAACGUGAUGAUGGCCCUCAUCAUCAAUGGCCCAGUAAAAUCCUUCUGUUACCGUCGCCUGCAGUAUCUUAGCUCCAAGUUCCAGAUGCACAUCCUGCUGAACGAGAUGAAAGAGCUUGCAGCGCAGAAGAAAGUUCCACAUCGAGACUUUUACAAUAUCCGGAAGGUUGACACACAUAUACACGCCUCGUCCUGCAUGAACCAGAAGCACCUUCUUCGCUUUAUCAAGAGGGCCAUGAAGAAGUACCCAAAGGAUAUUGUUCAUGUGGAAAGAGGGAAGGGUCAGACACUCAUGGAGGUGUUUGAGAGCAUGAACCUGACAGCGUUUGACCUGAGUGUGGACACCCUGGACAUGCACGCAGACCGUAACACGUUCCAUCGAUUUGAUAAGUUCAAUGCCAAAUACAAUCCCAUCGGCGAGUCCAUCCUGAGAGAGAUCUUCAUCAAAACAGACAACUACAUCGAGGGGAAGUACUUUGGUCACAUGAUUAAGGAGGUGAUGGCUGACCUGGAGGAGAGCAAGUACCAGAAUGUAGAGCUCAGGCUGUCGAUCUACGGCCGCUCAAGAGAUGAGUGGGACAAACUGGCCAAGUGGUCUGUCAAGCAUCAGGUCUACUCCCACAACGUGCGCUGGCUUGUUCAAGUGCCACGACUCUUUGACGUCUACCACACAAAGAGACAACUGUGCAACUUCCAAGAGAUGUUGGAGAACAUCUUCAUGCCUCUGUUUGAGGUCACAGUCAACCCUGGCAGCCACCCAGAGCUGCACCUCUUCCUUCAACAUGUGGUGGGUUUCGACAGUGUGGACGAUGAGUCCAAACCAGAGCAACACAUCUUCAACCUGGACAGUCCGCUGCCAGUCAACUGGACAGAGGAGGACAACCCGCCCUAUUCCUACUACCUCUACUAUAUGUAUACAAACAUGACUGUGCUGAACCACCUGCGCAGGCAGCGGGGGUUCCACACAUUUGUCCUACGUCCUCACUGUGGCGAAGCUGGGCCAAUCCAUCACCUGGUGUCUGGGUUCAUGCUGUCAGAGAACAUCUCCCACGGGCUGCUGCUCAGGAAGGCUCCUGUGCUGCAGUACUUGUACUACCUGGCUCAGAUAGGCAUCGCCAUGUCCCCUCUGAGCAAUAACAGCCUGUUCCUCAGCUACCAUCGCAACCCUCUGCCUGAGUACUUGUCCAGAGGCCUCAUGGUCUCUCUGUCCACAGACGACCCUCUGCAGUUUCACUUCACCAAGGAGCCCUUGAUGGAGGAGUACAGUAUUGCUACUCAGGUGUGGAAGCUCAGCUCUUGUGAUAUGUGUGAACUGGCCAGAAACAGUGUUCUGAUGAGCGGAUUCACUCAUAAGGUGAAGAGCUCCUGGCUUGGCCCCCACUACAUCAUGGAGGGACAGGAGAGUAACGACAUCAGACGCACCAACGUUCCAGACAUCCGCGUGGCGUACCGUUACGAGACCAUGUGUGAGGAGCUGAAUUUAAUCACACAGGCCAUCCGCACAGACGAGCUGGAGACCAUCGAGGAGGAGGGCAGUCUGUGCAUGGGCGCCACGCAGGCAGAGAAAUGAACGAGCGGCACAACCUUAACAAACUUACUCACUACAUUCCCUGUUUCCACAUGAGGACUUUGUACAGAUUUCCAUAAAAACAUAUCACAUCUAUGAAAAGAGAAGAGAUUUCUAAUAAGACUGUGAGAGUUGCUGCUGUAGCAAUAAGAGAGAGGACCUACAAUCUGUGGACCCAAGGUGUCCACUUCCUUUAGUCACUCUUUUGUUUAUUUGUUGUGGUUAGUUCACAAUGUCUCCUGAUGUAUUUAUUUUGAGAUUAUUAUAUUUUCAUGGUUUGUGGUCUCAAUUCGUCAGAGGAUGUGGACAAAGGCUGCAUUUCCAUUAGUAACCCCACAAAUUACUCAGCCCAUUAGAGCAUUUCAUACACUGGAUUCAACACUGACUGAUGAUGAUCAAUUUUUCAAAGUAAGAGUCUCCUCAGUUCACAGGGCUGUGGCUGACACUGAAACGCUGAGGUUAUUUUUGUGAGAUCUUUACCAGCAAAUCCUCAUAUAAUUCUACAGUUAAAAAUCAAAUAUUUAAACCCUUCAAUAUGUUUACAUACUAGUCCAUGACAAAUGUAAUUUAAAUAACUAUAUCCUGGUACUAGUUGUACAGGAAAACUACAUAACCACUCUCUUCUCUUGAGAGAACUUAAAUAAAACGUACAAAUAUAAAUGUCUGCGAGGUGAAUAAAUAAGAUGUGAACAAUACAAAUAAUAAAAUAUUGUUUGGAGUUGAGUUGAGCGAAAGGCAAGGCUUCACCUGGUAACCUCAGUGUUUCUACAGUCCUGGCCAUAGCCCUGUCUACCUAUCAGCCUUUGCAAAAUUCUGUUUAAUAUGUGAUGCAAAAACUUUUAAAUAAUCAUUCACAUAACAACACCUCAUUCUCUAUCACUGAGAGAAAGCUCCAUGUCUUCAGUACCCCAGCUAUACUGUCGUAUUAACAACAUAUUUCCUACAGCUGCUCCUUGUGAUAUCCAUGCUAUCUUUUUUUGCAGACCACAGUGGAUUGCAUGAAAGCACAUCAGUAUUUGUGUCUGGUGUCCAGUGUGGCUACUCCUUUGCAGCAUCUGAUCAUGUUUUCAUGUCUCAACUAAACUGCACCUCUCAACUGAGACCAUCUGUCUUUUACACACAAGUCGUAAAAUAGAAACAUCUCUGAGUCAUAGUCCAGUGAACGAGGCAUCAUCUCAACUUUUGUCAAAUACAUAAAUAAACUAAUUUCCAGAGAACUGAGAGUGGGCUAACUUACUACAGACACUGAGUGUAUCAAGUUGGAGCAGAUAAAUGUUUAAUAAACAAUUACUUUUUAGAAAAAUAAUGUAAUGUAGAAAAGACAGAAGACAUUGCAGCAGAUGUGUGCGACCACUGAUCUGAUUGCAACAGAGGAUGACAAGGAUGAGUAGUGUGCUUGAUGAGACAAGUGGACCAUUCCAAUCAAUUGUUGUGUUAAAGGCGUCCCUGCAACAUGUUACAUUUCUAGAGAAGUGCUUGUAGGGAGCAUUUUACCCCAAAAUGUAGUAUACAUGAGUAUCUAUGGCAUCAAUUCAAUGCAGGAGUAUAAAUUUAGGAUUAUGUCUGUGUAGCUGUAUAAAGAUUCGUCCACAAACAAUCUCCAUAGAGGUUUUAUGAGGAGCUUGGUUCUUUAAUUUUAGAGAUAGAAUCAGUGGCAGAGAAUAACAAAUGGCAAAAGGAUGGAGCUUCCUUGAAUAGAGCGAGAAAGCAGAGUGAUAUUUCGUUUAGUUUCUUCAUUAGUUCUCUUUGUGUCACCAUUAUAGAGAAACUGCAGCCUGGGAAGCAUCAGUUGUUUUUGCUACUGCAAAGAUACCGUAAACUAUUCUAGACUCAUCGAUCAUCUAUCCAUAUCAUCCUUAAGGUUUUAUCUUAAGCCUCAUGCACUUAUUAAUACUUGUCCUUUAUGCUUGUGCAACACUCAUGCAUGAAAAAUACAUGCGUCACCCACAGAGAAUUGUAUGUGCUGUCUGUGAAAUAUAAUUUAUUGACAUUUGUGUCCAUGAAGAAUAAAUGUUGGAAUUGUU